UACCUUGUCUUCGACAACGACCAGUGCGCUCAGUUUUCUCUAACUUCCAUUUUCACUCGUCUGACAAACUUUAGUGUCGGCCCCUUACAGGCAGGAUCUUCCACCGGCGGGAGGUUUCGAGGCCGUGAAAUACAAACGGAAUCUACCCCUGCGUGGGCCCGGAGCUUUGGUGAUUCUCGGCGGCGUCACGGCCAUUUGCACGUUCGGGUUUUACCGUCUUGGACUGGGUAACAUCGAAAGAAGGUAGGUCAGUCAUCUCGUCAUCUCUCGAAUCACCUGGCUGCUCCGGUCGUGAAACGUGUCUCGAUGAGCUCUUUAUGUGGUCUUGUGUGGCCAACUGGAUCCGGCCGCCACCUGCGCCAGCUUAUCGUACCUCCGGUCCGAGUCGGAGCAGAUGAGCCUGGCUCUGGCCAGCUGAUGUUUCUCCGGAGGCGGGUUAACUCAAUCUUUCGCAGAGAACUGAAGCGAGAGAAAGCCUGGGCAAGAAUACAUCUCGUACCUCUUCUUGCGGCGGAAGGAGACCGUGCCGCAUAUCAUCAGGCGCAGGCCAGCGCAGCAUUCGAAGCAGAGAUAAUGAAAGAUGUGAAGGGUUGGGUGGUAAGCACUCCUAUGCGAUACCGAUGGCUGGCAGCUGAUCUCGAGUCUUCUCACUUCUCUCCGCCACCUCCAUAUCCCAUUCUUAUCUCCCCAGCCCGGCAAAUCUGUCUACAACAACCCUCAAUACAAGACUCCGGACAUAUGAUGAUCGUAGUUGCGGUCCUCUGCUUAGAUAGAUCAUUGUAAUCAACAAUUGUCUUGCACGGCGACCGUCCAAUCCUCUCUUACAAACGCUGA